UAACACAAGCAUGGGCAUGGGCAUGGAGAACAAGAGCGUGGCCAUCAUCGGCGCUGGCGUGAGUGGGCUGGCGGCGUGCAAGCACCUGCUGGAGCGCGGGUGCCGGCCGGUGGUAUUCGAGGCGGACACCGUCGUUGGCGGCGUGUGGGCGCACACCCCGGACUGCACCAGGCUCCAGACCGAGCGGACCAUGUACCAGUACACGGACUUCCCGUGGCCGGAUUCCGUCACGGAGGAGUUCCCGAACAACCGCCAGGUCGCCGCCUACCUCAAUGCCUACGCGCGCCGCUUCGGGGUGCUCGAAUGCAUCCGAUUCGGGCACCGCGUUGCCGGGAUGGAGUACGUCGGUGUCGCCGAGGAGGAGGUGGCGGCGUGGGACGAGUGGGCUGGCUGCGCUGACGCAUUUGGCUCUGGCAACGGCAAGUGGCGCCUCACGGUGGCCGACGCCCAGGGUCAGGUGCAGGUACACACGGCAGACUUUGUGAUUCUUUGUAUUGGAAGGUUCAGCAAUGUUCCCAACAUACCUAAAUUGCCUCCUGGAAAAGGCCCGGAAUCAUUUGAUGGAAAAGUGAUCCACUCCAUGGACUAUUCCAAAAUGGGUAGUCAGAAAGCUAAGGAGAUGGUCAAGGGCAAGCAUGUGACUGUUAUUGGCUAUGGACAUUCGGCCCUUGACAUCGCUAAUGAAUGUGCAAGCUUGAACGGUACUGAGAAACCAUGCACAAUGGUUGUCCGAACCAAGCAAUGGGUCUUACCGGACUUCUAUGCUUGGGGUAUCGACAUAUCAAAAUUAUAUCUAACUCGGUUCGGUGAACUCCUUAUUCAUAAGCCUGGCGAAGGCCUCUUCCUUAGCUUGUUAGCUACCAUCUUGACUCCAUUGAAGUUGAUGUUUUCAAAGUUCGCCGAGAGCUACUACUCCAUUACAAUGAAGAAGCAUGACAUGGUUCCCGACCAUAGUUUUUUUGAGGGGAUGGUGGGAUGCUGGGUUGAACUUGCACCCAAGGAUCAUUACAAGAAUCUAGAGGAAGGCAGCAUCUUGGUUGAGAAGUCAAAGACCUUCAGCUUUUGCAAAGAAGGUGUGCUGGUUGAAGGUGAAUCUACGUUGGUAAAGAGUGACAUAGUUAUCUUUGGAACAGGAUUCAAUGGCGACCAAAAUAUCAAGAGCAUGUUCACAUCGAAAUACUUCCAGAGUAUUUUGAGUGGCUCAACAUCCAUGACUCUAUCACUGUACAGGGAUUGUGUACAUCCCAACAUUCCACAACUCGCAGUCAUCGGAUAUUCAGAGAGCUAUGCAAAUCUCCACACCUCAGAACUACGGGCCAAGUGGCUAGCACAUUUCAUGGAUGGUGGAUUUAGGUUACCGAGUAUUAAAGCAAUGCAUAGGGAUGUCCUAGAAUGGGAGAAGUUCAUGAAGCGGUACUCUCAUGGCGGAUUCCAUGCAUUCUGCAUUGGACUUUUGAAUAACUGGUACAAAGAUAACCUAUGUCGGGACAUGGGAUGCAACCCAAGAAGGAAGAAUGGAAUUUUUGCUGAGUUAUUUGAGGUCUAUGGUCCAAGUGAUUAUAUUGAUCUUCACCCUAAGUAA